CGCGUGCGUGAACAGGAGAACUUGGCGAGAGGUCGCGCGCGUACGGCUGAGAGACUCGCAACAACAACUCACCCACGCAAAACAGCUAUGCGAUAUCCAAGCGAGUCUGAAGCGCGGACACGGCUUCGCUUUUCAGAUUUGGCCGUGCGUGUUUAGACGGUUUAAAAUCGCGCCUCACCUUUAAAGGUCCCGUUUGUUUGGAUUAGAGUUGAACGUGGAGCUAUUUCGACGGAUUUUUUUCCCCUCCUGAGAAGUCUCUCUUGCUGGAGAGGAUUUUUUCCCCCGACGGUGGAGGAGCUCGACGACGACGCCGGUGGCGGCUGAGUGUGUGGUGGUGGGGUUUUUGCUCUUUUUGUCCGAUUACGUUGGCUGUGUUUCCAUUAAUAUUUCGAGCGUGAGAGGGGGGGGGAAGUAAAGAAAACUGCCAAAUAUCUGAGGUGGUCCUAGCUCCCGGAGCUAGCUAACUAACCGACAUGGACUGUCACGACGGUCGGCAGCGCAGAACUGACCCCCUGCUUAUAGCUAGCUAGUCAAAUUAGCUACCCAACUUCAGUGUGCUCAGCCGGUGAGCUGAAUUCUAGCCGAAGGAGAUUGGUAUUUGUUGACGGCGACGUUUUAGCUAAGUUACUAGCACAAGUUCCGAGGGCGCGAUGCACGUCCGUCACAGAGUAAGCUGGCUAAUAUUAACACCGCACCAGCGCGAGACUCUAGUGCUAGCAAGCUAGCUAGACUGAUCGAUUAACUUGCCGAAGCUAACGAACUUAACGCUGCGUCCAGGGAGUCAGCGUCAACACCGAGCCAAAGCUGUGUGGAAAUCAUGUACUGUCCGUCCACAUUGGUCUGCCAGGACUCCGGUGUUGGACUGUUUCAUUCUCGCGAAUGAACUCGGAUACUCGACUGGAAAAAAAGGAGGCAAAUAAUCCGCCGGGAGCUGUGGGCCCUGUGUGUGACUGCUGCGGGGGAAAACAUGAGCGCGGGCGGCCGGGUGUCGCUCCUGACUCUGGGGCUCUACGCCGUGCUGCUCCUCAGUCCUGUCGCAGCUGCUCAGAGUGAGGAGAGGGAGUGUGCCUUUACUGACCAGCACCAGCAGUUUGAUGAGCAGAGUGUGGCAGGUGAUUGGCAUGUGUCACGGGAGAACAACACCAUCCUGUGCAGCAAGAGCAGCCGCUGCUACGGUCUCUGGGAGAAAACCCAUGACGGUGACAUUCGCCUGGUCAAACAAGGCUGCUGGACUUACAUUGGUGACCAGCAGGAUUGCCAUGACGACCGUUGCGUGGUGACAAACACGCCGUCACAGAUCCAGAAUGGCACGUAUCGUUUCUGCUGCUGCAGCACAAACAUGUGCAACGUGAACUUCACAGAAAACUGGGUGCCCAGUCCAACUAGUGCCACCAUACAAGACCCACGGCCAGUGCACCGCGAUGAUGCCAUUUUCAUCACUCUAGCAUCUGUCUCGGUCAUAGCCGUACUCAUUGUGGCGGUCAUCUUUGGCUACCGCAUGCUGACAGGAGACCGUAAACAGGGUCUGCACAAUAUGGACAUGAUGGAGGCAGCGGCAUCUGAGCCCUCAGUCGAUUUAGACAGUCUGAAGCUGCUGGAGCUGAUUGGCCGCGGCCGCUACGGCUCGGUUUACAAAGGCUCUCUGGAUGAGCGUCCAGUUGCGGUAAAAGUCUUCAGUUAUACGAACCGUCAGAACUUUGUCAACGAGCGAGCCAUUUACCGAAUCCCCCUGUUAGAACACGACAACAUAGCACGCUUCAUUGUAGGAGAUGAACGCCUGACAACGGACAGCCGUAUGGAGUACCUGCUGGUGAUGGAAUAUUAUCCACAUGGCUCCCUGUGUCGAUACCUGAGUCUGAAUGCCCUAGACUGGAUGAGCUGCUGCCGUCUCGCUCAUUCGGUCACCAGAGGACUGGCCUACCUACACACCGAGCUGCUAAGAGGAGAUUCAUAUAAACCUGCAGUUUCACACCGGGACCUGAACAGCAGAAACGUUCUGGUCAAGAAUGACGGCACAUGUGUGAUCAGUGAUUUCGGUUUGUCCAUGAAGCUGACAGGAAACCGUCUUGUUCGACCUGGAGAGGAGGAGAACGCUGCUAUCAGUGAGGUGGGUACGAUCCGCUACAUGGCCCCAGAGGUGCUGGAAGGAGCAGUGAACCUGAGGGACUGUGAGUCUGCUCUAAAGCAGGUGGAUAUGUAUGCCAUUGGCUUGAUAUACUGGGAGACCUUCAUGCGCUGUACAGACCUUUUCCCAGGGGAGACUGUACCGGAGUACCAGAUGGCUUUUCAGGCAGAGGUGGGAAACCACCCUUCCUUCGAGGACAUGCAGGUUCUGGUUUCUCGAGAGAAACAGAGGCCAAAGUUUCCUGAAGCUUGGAAAGAGAAUAGUCUGGCGGUUCGUUCACUGAAGGAAACGAUGGAGGACUGUUGGGAUCAGGAUGCAGAGGCUCGUUUAACGGCCCAGUGUGCAGAGGAACGCAUGGCAGAGCUGCUCCUUAUCUGGGACAGGAACAAGUCAGUCAGCCCCACUGUCAACCCAAUGAGCACAGCCCUACAGAAUGAAAGAAACCUCACUCACAGUCGCAGAGUUCCAAAGAUGGGUCCCUACCCAGACUACUCCUCCUCCUCAUACAUUGAGGACCAUGAUGGCAUGGUAAAGAACCUUCCUGGAGAUAUGUCCACCUCAGGCACAUCCUCAGUGAGUGGCAUUGGUUUGAGUGGCCCUGGCACAGGAGGCACAGGAGAAAAGAACAGGAACUCCAUAAAUUAUGAGAGACAGCAGGCCCAAGCACAGGCACGUCUCCCAAGCCCUGAGACCAGCGGAGCCAGUCUAUCCACAAGCACCACCACCACCACAGCAGGCCUCACUCCCAGUACGGUCAUGUCCACCAUCUCAGAAUCAGUCCCAUCUGAGGAGGCUGGAGCAGGUCCAAGUAUGCCUGUCUGCCUGCAACUCACCCAGGAAGACCUGGAGACCACUAAGCUGGACCCCAAGGAGGUCGACAAGAACCUGAAGGAGAGCUCUGAUGAGAACUUGAUGGAGCAUUCUCAAAAGCAAUUCAGUGCUCCAGACCCACUCAGCACAGGCAGCUCCAGCCUUCUCUACCCGUUUAUAAAGUUAGCAGCCGAGGUGAGUGCAGGGGCCGGAGGCGGGCAUCAGGCUGAAUUUGGAGCAGGUAGUGGUGCAACACUUGAUGCCCCACCCACUAUGUUUCCUCUUCCAAAACAACAGAAUCUCCCCAAGAGGCCCACCAGCCUGGCUCUUGGCUCCAAAAAUCCUAGCAAGGAGUCUUCAUCCUCCCGGCUCAAGUUUGGCAGACACAAGUCCAACCUGAAGCAGGUGGAAACGGGUGUGGCCAAGAUGAAUGUGGUGGCAGCAGCAGAGCCUCAUCCAGUCAUGCUAACUAAUAAUGGGCCAGGAGUGAGAAGCGGAGCUGGGGUGCUCUUGCAUAAUGGAUAUGCAGGCACUACUGGUAGUUCCAGCAGCACCUUUGGUAACACAAACCCAGCUGGGCCACAGGGUGAGGGAGGUGGCCUGCCUUUGCUCCAGAGCCAGCUAAGCGGGGAUGACAUCAGGUUGAACAUCAGCAUCAACUCCAGUCCUGAUGAGCACGAGCCCCUGCUGCGCAGAGACCACACAGGCCGCACAAACUCCAACAACAACAACAACAGCAACAUCCACGCUGCAGUUUCCACUGCACCAGGCACAACAAGUGCAAUGCCUGCAGGACCUGCUUCACCAGAGCUACAAUUGCUGCAAGUGAAGGCGGAAGUCCCACUGAGGCAGGACAAGCCCAGGAGACCAGAGAGACCCAACUCCUUGGAUUUGUCCACCACUGCACACGACUUUUCUGUGUCAGGUGAGAGCUCCUCUCAGGAGGGAAAAGCUGCAUCGGCUGAGAAGAUAAAGAGACGCGUGAAGACGCCUUACUCGUUGAAGCGGUGGCGCCCCUCCACAUGGGUCAUCUCGACAGAUAAUUUGGAUGGAGAGGUCAACAACAACGGAGCAGGUGGUGAGCAAGGUGCAGCAGGCGCUACUCGCUCUAAAUCCAGCACUGCCGUGUUCCUGGUUGGAGGGGGAACUGCCACAGCAACCCUCUCCUCAGACCCACCUGGCAUGACCUGCCUAUAAACUUUUACCGUGCUGAGAAACGGCCACAAGCAGCUUAUUGAUACUGGAGGGUUUGGCAGCAUGCUAUAGGAGGAAGAGAAAACAGUUUUCUAAGUUACGAUUUGCAAGCACUUAACAUCGUGGUAUUUCUUGAAUUUCUCUGACCUUUUUUUUUUUUUGUUGUUGUUUUUUUUAAGUAAUUGCUUUAAACCGAACCCAGCUAUGCAGCAUCAUUGGCUUAAAAUGCUUCCAUUAUUUUUGUUUUCCUGUUGUAAAUCAAAGUAUGAUCCUGUGUCUGGUUGUUUGUUCAUCACUUUCUCGUAUUUGUUGCACUUUUGUUUUUGUAUAAUCAUGAUCUUAAUCACAUAGUUAUGUCUGAUUUCUUGGACCUUGUUUAAAUCUGGUCUUAAAAAAAUUGGAAGAAAAAGAAAAUGACAAUUCGUUGAUUUAACAAUCAUUCUAGACCGCUUGUAUGGACAUAAAUGAAAUCUAGUCCAUAUAAAAGUUCAUAGAAAUUGCAGUGGUCUGUAAGAAGCUUUUGACUGCAAUAGCAUCUGUUGUUUUAUGCAUAGUACAUUCAAGCAUUUGUUGUAUGUAAUAUAUACAUGUAUCCCUCAUUUUUGUAUUACAUUCUGAAAUGUGCAAUAGGCUUUAGCUUUGAGGUGCUCUACAAUACUUUAAAUUUUGUCCUAUAUGUUGCAGCGUUUUCCAUUUGUUAACAUAAUGUCGUAAACUAAACAGUGCACUUACCUUCAGUCUUCUAUCCUUUUAACCAUCGCUGUCUGCAGCUAUGAAACACCUUAUGGAUGACAAUCCCUCCGUAUCAGUCUCAUCAAUCUUGAGAGGGAAAGGUAAAAACCAUUGUGGGUGUAUGCAUGCAUGUUCUUCUCCUCUGUUGGCGGUGCACAACAACAGAGGACCAUUGAAAAUCUGCAAGCUUGAAGGAUGGAAGAUUUACAAUCCUGUUACAAUCUAAAUCAAGUUCUAUCUCAGUCUGAUCUCUGGAAUAACGUUCUCCUCUAAUAGCAGAGACUGAAGUACAUACUUCACUCAUUUGUUUUGAAAAGACAUGGACAAGCGUGGAUUUAGCGCGUGUACGUUAACAGUCUGCCGCAUUACGCUCUGUGUAAGGAGCCGUGUAAGAGCACUAGAUCAGACGUUGACCUAUGUCUUGUGCGGAGGACUCGUAUGAGAAAAUGGACAAGUGGUUAGGUUUUGCUCUCUGCAUUCCAGUCACAAACAGCGCCAUGGACACAGAGUAUGUACUUCAAAUGUAAUUUAUAUCUCGUGUUACACUACAUAGACCUGGAACUAAAAGUGUACAUCAUUGUGCAUAUUACAGCUACUUUUAUUUCUUUUUAAGCCUCUGUUUAUGAACGCUGUACUGAAAUGACAAAUAUGGUCAAUUGUGGUCAUGGUCAUGUCUCAGAUUUCAGAGUAAUCUUGAAAUGGUGGUUAGCUUUCAUUUCAUUAUGUGUACAAUCAUAGGGAGGCUGAGUCUGGAAGAACGAUCUGUAUACAGAUGAUGUCGCGUAUACAAGGCUGUUACUUCAGAAUUGAGUUUUUAUGUGGGUUUUAUACCCCCCCCCCUUUUUUUUUUUUUUUAACAGUGCCAAGGGCCAAACCUCAAGGCUGUUUGUCCAGAUACUUUUUAAACGUUCUAUUAUAUUAUUCUAUUGAGUAUCAUCACAUAGUGUCUAUUGAGUUUGUUGGUAGUUUAAGUUUAACUCCAUCCUUGUGCUUCGGGGUCAUUCACAUGUACGAGCAGUCUGAACAAAUGUCGCAAGAUUGUCCUGUCAAAUUCAACAAACUAUCAGUGCCACCACAAUUACCCUUUUUGAUUAUUGUUGUAUGUUAAACAUUGAAUCACAGUUUUCUUGAAAUCGUCUUUAUUUUAAAUGUACAUUGGAGGAGUUUACUUUUUUUUUUUUGGCCCUCAGUUACUUAUGCAUCUUGCAGGCUCAGAUAUGAGACGUUCAUAUGAUUAUGUAAUGAUGCUCUAUGAUGGGAAAUCCUCUCAUACUGCAAAGCAAACCUCGCCCCUUAUAGAGACUGACGUAUAAUGCACAACUGUAUGCUGUGUGAAAAUUCAGUUAUGCUCUUAAGUGAAAAGCGUGCCACUUUGCAGGCCAGUUUGUUGAAGACUAUGCAUCUUCUGGACUGGACUAUGUGACAAAUUUAUUAUUCAAGAAAACUAUCUGUUUCACUUCCUCUGUCCAAGUCGUCGAAGCUGAAAUCUUAGUUUUGUAUGUAUGUAAUAUAGGGUCACCGAUGUGGUGUAAAUAUAUCUGUAUAGCGUGCUUUUGCUUGCACAUAUACAGGAGGCUCAACUGUUGCUGUGGGACCAAGAACAAAUGUUAUAACACUGUGAUAUUUAUCUCCUAGAUAAAAUAGCACAGUUAUGUCAGACAGAUAAAUAAUUACUUAUUAACUUUUAUGUACAUGCCAUUUUCUUCACACGUUAAACAGAAGUUAUUACCCCAGUUUAAAGACGAAUAAGUGACUUUUUUUUUUUUUUUUCUUUUCUUUAUUUUAUUCCUAGGCCCUUAGUUCUCAAUCACUGACAUGCUGACCUUAAAAAAAUAUAUAUUUAGCCCACAUGAUCAUUGGUGCCGAAUAUGUUGGAGUCAAACCUCCUGGUCUUCUGUUGGAAUCAUGUCUCUGCUUUUUACAGCAUAUUGUUAAAUGAUCAUUUACAGGUGCCCAUGUACAAUGCUGAUGAGACUAAAGCGCUGUGUGUGUGUUUUUGUACUUGUUAAAUUAGUGCAUUAUUGGUUUAAUACUUCCGUUACACCUAAGAACAUGAUUUUAAUGCUUAGAUUUGCAAGUGUACAGCAGUACAAAUCAAAUCCAGUACAUGGAGAUCUUCCUUCUUACUAAAUUCUGUUCCAAGCCUAAUCCAGCUGAGCCGAUCCGGAUCAUCGAGUAAACUGAUUAUCUGGUGAACUUGUGCUGGAUUAGGGCUAUAACUGAAUUCUGUAAGAAGGUGUGAUAACUUUUUCCUUAAGGAAACAAGGUGGCUUUGGUAAUGAGGUUGUUACAUUCUCUAAAAUGCAAUGUAAACCCAAGUCAUUUUUAUCCAUUUUAACCUUUUUCAUUUAUACCAUAUGAAUAUUAACCAAAAUAGAAGUCUACUCGAGCAUUUUUCUAUUGAUUUUUUCAUCCCCCCAAAAAACAGAAACAGAAAGUAAAUGUGCCGUUUCAUUCAUCCCCACAACCACUGCAGCUCUGUCCAAAUUUAGUCAUGCAGAUGCAAAAAUUUUAGCAGUGUGUCAUCUUAUCAUGAAACUAGAAUACGUUUUUCUUUGUGUAUGUAUAAGAGAGAAUGGAAAGUGUUUGUUCAUGAUGGGCUGCUGUUUUGUUUUGUUCUUUUUUUUCAGUCAUUGAAUUCAUACUGAUGCUAAUUGCUCCACUGAGAUCUGUGGCUGAGAUUAUUGCAACGAAAUAAGCCACUAAAAUGUUUUCUAUUGCAACUUGUAAAGUAAGCGCUUUGAGAAAAGAACAAAAAUAACUGCUCAGUUUAGUCUACUCAAAAAGAUAUAUGUUUAAAUGCCAUUUAGAAAUAAAGCUUGCUGUACAACCCUGCAUUACUCAGUUGAUUAAAGACUAUAUUAAAGAA